AUGGGUGUCGAGCGAAAGAUUAUUACCCGUGGUAACGGCUCCGACUCGCCCGCUUCGGGCGAUAAGGUCUCGAUCCACUACACCGGCUGGCUUUACGAUGCCAAGAAGGCCAACAAGGGAUUCCAGGGCAAGCAGUUUGAUAGCUCUCGGUCGCCCGGCCGUGGCCCUUUGAAUGUCCAGAUUGGUGUUGGUCAGGUCAUCAAGGGUUGGGAUGAGGGUGUCCAGCAGAUGACUCUGGGCGAAAAGUCCAUUUUGACCAUUACCCCUGACUACGGAUACGGCGACAAGUCUGCCGGCAAGAUUCCCGCGGGUUCUACUCUGAUCUUCGAGGUCGAGCUCCUCAAGAUCAACAACAAGAGCGCUUAG